UCUUUGUUCUUGCAAUUCUUCGAUCGAUCGUCAAAAAAAAAAAACCUCGUACAUAGACACAUGCCAACGUUGUUUAUCCGUAACGCGAGCUUUGAUGAUGGCCGCGCUCGGGAGCGCAAACUCGUGGUCGCCUUACAACACUUAUAGGGAUUGCUCCCAAGAAGUUUGUAGCAUAUAUUGUCCCCAAUUUUGCUACUUGAUAUUCCCUCCUCCAUCGUCGGGUGACGAUAUUUCCGACGGCCCCUUUUCGCCACUUAUCAUUGUAGCCAUCAGCGUGCUCGCCAGUGCGCUCCUUUUGGCAACAUACUAUACUCUGGUCACGAGAUUUUGCAGACAAAUGAUCGAGAAUACUGACGUAUUCUCUGAGGAGGAUGGCGGGGAAUUGGGCCCCCCUAGCCACUCGUGCCAGGUGGGCCCGUCCGGAUUGGAUGAGGGGGUCAUUAAGACAAUCUUGGUAAGAAAGUACAAUAAGAAGUGGACGAUCGAGGGGAGUGAAUGCGCUGUGUGUCUUAAUGAAUUUGUUGAAAAUGAGUCACUGAGAGUUCUACCGAAGUGUAGUCACGCUUUCCACGUGCCGUGCAUUGAUAUGUGGCUAGCUUCACAUUCAGUGUGCCCGUUGUGCCGCGCCAAUAUCGUUUCCUUACCACAUUUGUCUCCUCAGUGUUCUCGACCUCGACAAAUGGAUUCUACUAAUCUCGAUGAUAUUGUCUUAACUGUGUUGGAUGAUUCAGAAAGUAGGUGUAGUGUAGGUAUUACUUUAGGGGGUGAUGCAUAUCGAGAAAACUCAGGGAAUGUCGAUGAUGUAGAAGCUAUGAGUGAAGGAGUGAGAAACAACCAAAGAGGCACGGCUUUGUUAAGGCGAUCGACCUCUUUGGACACGUUUUCUUAUCGUUGGUGUCGGGUUUUAAGUUUGGAAACGAUAAAUAUUGAAGAAAAUAAUGAGUUGCCGAUGAAAAGGUCAUUGUCCGAAGGGAGGUUAGUUCUCAAAGAUUGAAUAAGAAAGGCAAGACAUCUAUACUCCCUUAUUGAAUAUGAACACAUACCUAUGCUUCAUUGCAUUGUAAAUUGUCAA